GUCGAUUCUUUUGUACAAUUGUAUUACCUUUUUGUUGCUUCAAACUUUUUCUUACAACGAUACAAAAAUAUAAGUUUGUACCUUUAUUGAUUUUUUUAUGCCCUUGAUACAUGUUGGAAGUUUUCAUUGCUAGCAUCUAAAUCUACAUCUUAAGUUUACAACAAGAUCUUCUCAAAAUGUUUUAUUUUUAUGGUUAUUGGAUUUUUAAAACUAUUUAUUUGAAUAUUUGAUAUCCAAUCUUUAUUUUUGGGACUCUUUUUAAAAAAAAAAAUGGUAUCCUCGUUGAUCUCACCAUCUGGUUCUUCAAAAUCAUACUUUGAAGCUUUCCACCAACUCAUGAAAAUAAAUUUCCAUGUGGUUCAAGUAAGAUUCUGAUUGCAUUCAAUUAAUCUCAAACAAAUGUUCAUAAGUACACUUGAAGUCAUCACUUUUCAAACAAAUCUACACCUCCAAAGAAGAAAGACUAAGUGGUAACACCAAAACUUAUCCAUCAACAAAGCUAAAUAAUCAUUCAAAUGGCUGCCAAUCCCAUAAUCAUCAAAAGGAGAGAAGACAUAGAUCGCUUCCGUUCAUUCUCGUGAUCUGUGCCUAGAAUGAGAGGUGCGUUUGGUCAAAUUAUUCGUAACUUGAUAGGUGACAGAGGUGAUGGUGUAGAGAGAAUUCCACCAACAACAUCAAACACGCGACGCAACGAAACAAAUCGUUCAAUUAGGCAGCGUCGUCGAAGACAAGAGGAGGUCCAGGAUGAUGAUGUUGAGUCCAUCGAGCAUGCACAUAUGGAGGAGGAUGUCCUUCAGCCUCCACAGAUGGAGCAUGUUGCUGAUGAUAUUCAUGAUACUUCUGCACAUGCUGAUGAUGCCGAUGAGUCGGAUUAUGCUGCUGAUAUUGUUGAUCAAGAUCAGCAGACCGGAUUUCCCAGAGGACCGAUGGUGACAUGUCUGUUGACACAGUACGAGCAUUAUGUUGCUCAGAGGUUAUGGGAAGGAGAGGAUCGUGGAUCACUAAAGAUAAUUACUCACGGAUUGAAAUUGAAGAAGUUUACAGAAGUUCCAAUGCCAGCUCCUGUAGAGCAUUGGAUUCAGGAAUCUGGGUUGAUGCAUCUGUCUUCAGGCUACCUCACAAUGACUGAUGCUGGUCUGAUAUCCGCAUUUGUUGAAAGAUGGCACAGAGAGACCAGCUCAUUUCAUAUGCCAUUUGGAGAGAUGACUAUUACCUUAAACGAUGUCGCGACUCUCCUUUACAUCUCACCACAUGGCUUCUGCGGAAUUGAUUUUCUUUUAUGACAACUUGAGAGAUGGAGCUGUCCACGACACUCGACAGUUGGGAGGUUACAUGACCCUACUACAGUGUUGGAUUUAUGAGCACUUCCCUAGGAUCUGUAAGCGGAGUGAUAGAGGAGUGGUUCCUACGCAUCUUCCAAGAGCAUGUAGUUAGAUUGCAAAACAUGCUGUUGAAGGUGGAUUGAUGGCAUAUUGUCGGAGACUUGAUGCGUUGUUGUUCGAGGAUGUAGUGUUUACACCAUAUGAUGAUGAUUGAGCUAAUCAUUCGUUUGUAUCGAUUUCGAUGUUUUCUGGAUAUCUUCGAUGUGGUGGAGUUUCAGUCCCAUAUUUGCCAGAGCGAUGUCUUCGACAGUUUGGUCGUAUUCAGUGCAUUCCGCGUGACGUUCCUCCGAUGCCGAACAAUAUAGAUUGGGUCUGGCAAAGUACUAUGGGAUCAUCUGUACAGACCUUUUGGAGACUAUAUCCUGUUGUG